GAAGAAGUCGAUCGGGUGAAAGUAGUGAUGAAAAGGAUUUGGUGGUGACGAUACGAACUCACUGAUGCGAGAAUACUUUAUACAAAUGACUGAAGAACGACGAUUUCGUGUCGAACGAGAAGCGGAGGAGGCGAGGCUGCGGAAGGAAGAAGAAGUAAGACGGGCAAAGGAGAAUAGGAGGUUGUUACGACAAGAAGAACGACUUAAGUUGGAGGAAGAGCGGGAAGCUCGUUUACUUCGAAUUAUUCGAAGCGAGAUGCAAAAAGAUAGGGAGGAAGAAAGGGAGCGUUACGAAAGGAAAGGGAAGGGAGUUACCCGGACCUCCGGGCGAAACGAGGCGAUCGAGGCCGAGAAGGAGAAGUUGCGUCGCCUGAUUGCUCCGGAGAUCCUCGAAACUCCCGAAGAAGUCGAAGACGAAGAACUACGUACCUUAAGGAGGAUGGCCGCAAAGAUGAAUUUAAUCGAGAAGAGGAAACGUGGUCCUGAUGCAUCUGUUGGGAACAGCCUACCAAUGGUAACACCGGAGAAGCGGGUUAAUACGAAGUUGACAGAAGAAUCUAAGAUGCGCAUUGAAACGUUGAAGCGGGAACUUGGAUCGGACUCAGGGACGACGAGUACACCUUCGAAGAUCGACCUAUCACUCAAGCUAAUAUCUGCAUCAUGUGGCGUCGACGGUAAAGAAAGAUUCGAGCAAGACUACCACGAUUUCUAUGACUCCUUGACGAUCGAGGAACUCAAGGAAGCAUGCCGUCGCGAGAAGGUGGUGUAUGGCAAGAGAGAUCUGGCUAUCAAGAGGCUCGUAAUUCGCAGAUCGGCGGUGGCUUACGAUCCGGCCAAUAUUCCACUGCCGUUGACUCCGAGAACGGGGACGAGGACCACCAAAAAAGUGACGAUCAAAGAAGUCAAGGAGGAUGCCACCGCAGACUUUUCUGGCUCCGAUGCAUCAUACUCAGACGAGGACUCUGACUGAGGACCCGGUCGUUGCGACGACUACCUGAGGAUCGCUGAAAGUGUGUGCGAAAGAAGACUAAGAAACAAUGGAAGAUGUAAAGAAGACGAGAGUAUCCUACGAGCUGCCAGGUCUGAUUCUUCAAGGACGUCUAAAGUGGGGUGAGAAAUUCGUGGAGAACUGGUAUGUCGAAAUUGAGAAAGGAAGUUUUGAUUUGUCCGAACCUCGUAGUUGCGUGUACCUACUGAUUUCCCCCUGGUACAAACAAACCUAUAUUGGUGUU